AUGAGUUCAUUACUUAAUUUUUUUAAGCAACCUAAUGACAUAGCCAUAUUUCUCAAUCAACCAUUUCUUCAAUAUGAAAAUAUUUUUGAAGAUUUCACAAUUCACAAAUCGGUAAUUGAGAAGAUUACUGAAAUGGAUAUCCUUAGUAUUCCUGACCCAACACCAACUCAACUCUUAGCGAUUAUUCCUGUACCAGAAAUAAUUUAUUAUCAUAUUGUAACAGCUAUUUCAACAUUUCCAUUAUUAAAUGAAAUUCUUCUUACUAUAGUUCCACAACAAAUGAAUGAAAUGGUAUUUUGGUAUAAGUACUUUAGUUUUUUAUUUAAGUCUGAAAAUCAAAAUUCACUUCUUGAAGAUUUAGCACAAGAACGAAAUGGAAUUUAUUUAACAUUAACAAGUGAAACAACUAAAGAAAUUUAUUUAUCUUAUAUUAAAAAUUGUUUUAUUGGACAACGGGGGAUGUUAUUAAUGAAAUAUAUUCAAAUUAUUAAUCAAACAACAAAUGGGAUGUUAGACAAAACGUUUUAUAAAUUCAGUGAGAGAUUAGAAGGUUUACCAAAAAAUCAAAGUGAAAUUAAAUUUAGAUAUAAAUUUCUUAUAACAAUAUUUGGAGAAAUAUUUAAACGAUGCAAAUGUUUAUAUAUUCCAUAUGUUGGUAAUUUGGUAUUAGAAGCUGUUCAGUUAUUUGAUAUUAAUGAUGCAUUUUAUUGUGUUAUGGAAUUUGUCAUUAAAGCACAAUGCUGUGGACAUUUUUAUUCAUCACAAUAUGGAUUAGAAAAUUUAGUUGAAUAUAUUUAUUGUAUAUUAAAAACAACAUACCCAGCAUUAGAUAACAAGUAUCGACAAAGCAUUAAUCAAUUCAUUACUGUUUCUUUAAAAAGUUUAACAUUAAAAUUAAUUGAACCUUUAGAAGUAAUUAAAAGAAAAGCAAUUGUUGAAAUAAUAGUAAAAGAUGGAAAAAUUGCAGUGAUUAAAUUGUUUCUUGUUUUAUUUAAAUCAUUACAUAAAAUUGAUUUCAAUAAUUUGAUAAAUUCAAUGAGACAAAUAGUUAGUUCUUAUCUUUCUGAUGAUUCACCAAACUCUUUAUUGAAUGAAAUAUUAAAUUAUGAAUUAAAUCCAUUUCUUUUAACAACACAUAUUUUUAAUACACUUCAAUUCCCACCAAACAAAGAAAUGCAAAGAAGAAUAAUAAAUAAAGAACAGUUACAAGGAAUUUCUGAUAUUGUCAAUGAAGAUGAAUUUCUAGAAAUAUAUACUAUGCUUCCUUCUCGACUACAAAUGCUUGUUCCUGAACAAAUUUUUACUUCAAGUAUUGAUGGCUUAAGUUUAAAAACAUUAUAUUCAAAAUGUAUGUAUCAUUCUUUGUUACUUAUUAUUUGUAGAAGAGGUAGUUAUAUAUUUGGUGUAUUUGUUGCUGAAUCAUUUGAAAUGAAGAAAGAUUUUUAUGGUAAUAGUGAAACCUUUUUGUUUACAAUAAAGCCAAAGGCAAGAAAAUACUCUCAUAUUCAAAAUAGUAAUCAUUUUAUAAUAAAUUCAACACCUGAAGCAUUAAGUUUUGGAGGAGGAACUGGACAUCCAUCUCUUUCAUUUGAUUGUUAUUUAAAUGUUAUAAGUCAAACAUCUCCAACAUUUAAUAAUCCACCCUUAGUACCAAGAUCACUUGCAAGUCGUUGUGAUAGAGUAGAAGUGUAUUCAUUCUGUUAA